AUGCAAAACUGGUACGAAUUUGGCUACAACGGAUUUCCGUCUGGCGAGCAACGUCGCCGCUUCUAUCGCCAGCGCGAUGACCCAUGCGACAGCGAGGAGGAGCGCGACUACGACGACAAAACAAAUGACCGUCCCAUCUUUUACUACCCACUUCGGGAGAGUGAAGACGGAGUCCGGUCUUCUUCAGUUUCGCUGUUACCGUCAACCUCAUCGGACGAGGAUGAUAAAGCUGGGCGUAGGACGGGUGACGAAGUGCCACAGAUGCGACUAAAAGGUACUUACACUUCUCAGCGCUCAAGGCGCGCUCGGCAGGCGCCGCACGAGGAUUCGUCUUUGCGCUGCCUGCUGCACACUACCUUGUACGAGGACAUGCCCGCGUGGUACGGAUCCAGCAGCGUUACUCUAGCCUCCAGCUAUUCGCCACACGAGAUGUACACUCUCCAGUACGGCGGCGCCCCAUGUGCUUCUCCCUUCGCUGUAUCGAACCAGUUCAGUUUGUGGCGUUGGCGCUUGGCGCCAGUGCCGGCCGCUUCCACGCCGCAGAACGAGGCUGCAGGAAACAUCCACUGUCUGCGCCUCAUAGAUGAUCCGUCACUGCGGUCGUGCCUGCAGUGGAGCGCCCUGCACCCAGCGUUGCGUCUUGGUCACACCUCGACGCUGCAGGCACCUCCUCGAAUCGGGCACUGUGUCGUGCCUCUGGCAUCCCUUGACGCGUUAGUGCUGCAGCACUUUCUCUCUGACCACAGCCACGGCGCGCACGCGACAGAGGCGAGUCGCCUUGGCACCACAGCAGGUCGCUUCGGCAAAAAGGCUCUUGAUAGCAUACCCGUACUUCUCACAGGCAACAAUGUGGACCUUUACGUCUCUCUCGUCAUCGGCGGGGCAUCGCAUCUGGUGGAUAUGUCCAAUAGCAGUGGUGCGGGGAGUCGUCACAGCAGCAGUGGUGUUCGCGGGCCAAUGCCGGAGGGCGACAGCAAUGCUUUUAGAGGACCAAACCUUGACCGUGUGUCGAUUGACGGAUCACACAUCCUUUCCCACCCCGCGCUGUGCCUUACCCUAAUUGCUCACUCCGUUGCUCAGCCACGCCAGCACACCAUUUACUUUCCACUUGAUGGACCGUCCGUGUCUGUUCUGUCUUCCAGGGCGUUCGCCACGCUCACCCCGUGGCCUGACGCCAAUAGCGAGGAGUUGGCCCACCACUCCUUUGCGUACAUUGGCGGGACUGAAAACGGCCGCGAUCCGCUCUCCUACCUUGAGGUGGAGCUGUUCCAGCUGAAUCUCGACACAUGGGUGUGGAGCAGCAAUCUGAUUUCCACGUACGGUGUGAAGCCGCCUCCACGUUUCGGACACUCCGUCACGAUGGUGAAAGAAGAUGCGUGCUUGCUCAUGCUUGGCGGCGUCGGGGCUGGCCGUACGUACCUGAACGACCUUCACGUACUGGAUCUCAAAACCCGGGUCUGGCGAGAGGUGUUCAUCCCGUUCGGCGUCGACGUACCGCGUCGCGCCUUCUUCACGGCAGCAAUUUUGGCAUUGCCCGACACCCCUCUGCAAGGCAGAAGCGGCGGCGCGCACACCGCUUUUGACGACGCCGAUCACACCACGUUCUCGCAACGCGCGGCAGCAGCUGUAGCUCGCCAGUUGACCUUUGCGUCACACUUGGGGCAGGGUACUUCACCACCACCCUUUCUUACGCAGCAAGGCGCUAGCAGCGGAGACGAAGGCGAGGGAGACGACGACAUCUGGCCUGCGAGGGUCACGGGUGCACGGUCAAGAGGUGUGCUGGUAGUUUUAGGUGGUGAAUGUGAGGGGAAGCCGGUAACCUCUGCGUGGGCUUGUUUCUUGCGCAACGGCAACUGGCGUCGCCUUUCUUUCCCUCUCCGCACGCAGCCUCACUUCUCGCAUGUGGCGCGCUCUGCUGUGCUGGCCGAGGCGGAUGCGGAGCGCGCGAGUCGUCUCUUGUCACGAACUGACUUCCGCACAGCGCUCCAAGCACUGAUGGAGCGAGUGGUUCACCCUAGCUCGAUCACCACUUUUGAUUCUCUUGCCUACUCAGAUUUGGCACAGGAACCCUACAUGGCCGUGUGCCAUGGUUCUCUGGCGCAGGCGGUGCUGCUUCCAUCAGACACUGGAGUUGCCCAGCGCCUCGUUCUGAAUGGAGGCUCGCAGGGACCUCCAGUGAGCGUGAUGUCGGAGAUGAGCUUCAUGGGGACGAGUUUGAAGGACGAUGUUUCACUGUGGCUGCUGACGGCACAGCAGCAAGGCUCACUGGCGUCUGCGUUCUGCAAACGUGUCCAACACUUGCAUAUCCUCUUCUUUAACAAGAACGCGGGGCUGUCGCGCGCAGCGCAAUCAAUUCUGCAGUCUGGAGAAGGUAAGGCAGCACAGCCCGGCUCUCUUUCUGCAGAGAACGUGCGCUUCAAUCGCUUUUUGAGUAGUUGUGUGCUGGACGGGCAGCUGAUGGAGUGGACGCGACUGGCCCGGAAGCGCCUGCGUGAGGAGUUAUGA